GUUAAAGCCGAACCCAUACCCGAGUCCGAACACCCAAAAACAAACCCACGGCCACGAAAUUGGUAUUCCCUUUUCUUGUUCCCUACUCCAUUCAUUCUCUCAAUUCUCACUUCUUCCUCAUUCUCUCUGUAAUCAAACAACUCCAAAAAUGGCAACAGCUAUGGUUCUCGACCCGAAACCCGCCGAGAAACCACCGGCAACUCGACCGGAAACCUCCAUCACCGACGUUCCUUACGACGGCGAAGAUGACCUAUACGCUCGCUUGAAAUCACUUCAACGGCAACUCGAAUUCAUCGAGAUCCAAGAGGAAUACGUAAAGGACGAGCUCAAAAACCUCCGGCGAGAACAUUUGCGGGCACAGGAAGAAGUCAAGCGGAUCCAGUCGGUGCCGUUAGUAAUUGGACAGUUCAUGGAGAUGAUUGAUCAGAAUAACGCUAUUGUAGGUUCAACUACGGGUUCUAAUUACUAUGUUAGGAUACUUAGUACGAUUAAUCGAGAGCUUCUUAAGCCGUCGGCUUCUGUGGCUUUGCAUCGCCAUUCGAAUGCGCUUGUUGAUGUUUUGCCACCUGAGGCUGAUUCCAGUAUUUCGCUGCUUAGCCAAUCGGAGAAGCCUGAUGUUACUUACAAUGAUAUUGGAGGUUGCGACAUACAAAAGCAGGAAAUCCGUGAAGCUGUUGAGUUACCUCUGACUCAUCAUGAGUUGUACAAGCAGAUUGGUAUAGACCCUCCUCGUGGUGUGUUGCUCUAUGGUCCACCAGGCACUGGGAAAACUAUGCUUGCAAAGGCUGUAGCACAUCAUACCACCGCGGCCUUUAUAAGGGUGGUUGGCUCAGAAUUUGUUCAGAAGUACUUGGGCGAGGGCCCACGAAUGGUUCGUGAUGUCUUUCGCCUUGCCAAAGAAAAUGCUCCAGCAAUCAUAUUUAUUGAUGAGGUUGAUGCAAUUGCUACUGCUAGGUUUGAUGCUCAGACUGGAGCUGAUAGAGAGGUCCAGCGUAUCCUCAUGGAACUACUAAAUCAGAUGGAUGGGUUUGACCAAACGGUGAAUGUGAAAGUUAUUAUGGCAACCAAUAGAGCUGACACACUGGACCCUGCACUUUUACGUCCUGGAAGGCUUGAUCGUAAGAUUGAAUUUCCUUUGCCUGACAGACGUCAAAAAAGGCUCGUUUUUCAGGUAAGCACUGCUAAGAUGAACUUAGGUGAUGAGGUCGACUUGGAAGACUAUGUUUCUCGCCCUGAUAAAAUCAGUGCUGCUGAGAUUGCGGCUAUCUGUCAAGAAGCUGGUAUGCAUGCAGUGCGCAAGAAUCGAUAUGUCAUACUUCCGAAGGACUUCGAAAAGGGUUACAGAACCAACGUGAAGAAGCCUGACACUGACUUUGAAUUCUACAAGUGAUUGUUGUUAAAGGCUAAGCAAAUACUUAAGAAAUCUACUAGUGAUUGUUGUUAAAGGCUAAGCAAAUACUUGAGAAAUCUACUAUGUAAGCCUGUACGUUUUUCCUUUGUAGUUCUGAACUGUUGAAUGUUUAAUGGUUGUUUCUAGCUUUUCAGUAAGAUGGUUUGUUCGUUCAAAAA